UAUAUAAAAGGCAAUUGUUUUCAGUAUAAAAGUAAAACAGUUUUAAUCUUAGUAACGUUUUAGCUAACUGAAUAAAAACGAUGCUUGUCAAAUACAGCACUUUCAUUUUAUUGGCUUCAAGUCUGAUAUCUUUGUCAGAAGGUCAAAAUCCAGGAGGGAGUUAUUGUUCUGCUGGACCAUCAUGUAAUAGUGUGAAAGACUGCCACUGCGGAGAUCAAUGUGUUGAUAUGACGGACCUUAAACCGUGUCACAGUACAAAUUGUCAGUGCUUUCAAGGUUGUGUUGUCGGAGAAAUCUUCAUCCUACCUGGUGUUUCUAGGAAAAACACAUAUUGCAAUGAGUGUACUUGUCCACCUAAUGCUGGCAAUGGUGUUCCUUCGUGCACAAGGAGAGCAUGGUGCAAUCUACCUUGCCAUGUGUCAAUAUACCAGGAAAACCCAGCAUGUAAAGGAAAGCAGACGGGACAAGGAUAUUAACAAUGAAACUUUAUUCGCCGGUUCUGUAGCAUGUGUUUUCAAAGGAUUCCUUCGUAUUUGUUUUGAAUGUGGGAACAAAAGAGUUCUAAGUGCAUAUUAAAAGAAUUCUUUCACUUUCACUUAUUCAAAUAUAAAAUAUAAGUAGCAUAUGUACUGUAUUUCAAUAUUAUUACACAUUUCCUAAUCAAACCUGUUAUGUUUUACAAAACCUGUUCGUAAAUUUAACAUUUUGUAACAAGCAAAAAUGUAGUAUCUCAAUUAUAAAAAUAAUGUGUGAAA